CGCUCCGCGCCGCAGACCAGUGAGGAUGAGGCUCGCCGUCCGCGCCCUGCUGGCCUGCGCGGUCCUGGGGCUGUGUCUGGCUGACCAAACUGUGAGAUGGUGCACCGUCUCAAAUCACGAGGGCAGUAAGUGCAGCAGUUUCCGCGACAGUAUGAAAAGUGUCCUUCCUGCUGGUCCUUCUGUCGUCUGUGUGAGGAGAAACUCUUACAUUGAGUGCAUCAAGGCCAUUGCGGAUAAUGAAGCGGAUGCUGUGACAUUGGAUGCAGGUUUGGUGUUUGAGGCAGGCCUGGCCCCUUAUAACCUGAAGCCUGUAGUGGCAGAGUACCAUAAGUCAGAAGACGGUGGUAAACAAACCCACUAUUAUGCUGUGGCUGUGGUGAAGAAGACGAGUAACUUCCAGCUGGACCAGCUCCAAGGCAAGAAGUCCUGCCACACGGGCCUUGGCAGGUCUGCUGGGUGGAACAUCCCCAUUGGCUUACUUUAUUGGCAGUUGCCUGAGCCACGUGACUCUGUUCCGAAAGCAGUGGCCAAUUUCUUCGCGGGCAGCUGCGUCCCCUGUGCGGAUCGGACAGCCUUCCCCAACCUGUGUCAACUGUGUGCGGGUAAAGGGACGGACAAAUGUGCCUGCUCCAACCACGAACCAUACUUUGGAUACUCGGGUGCGUUCAAGUGUCUGAUGGAAGAUGCUGGGGAGGUGGCCUUUGUCAAGCACUCGACGGUAUUUGAGAACCUGCCACAAAAGGCUGACAGGGACCAGUAUCAGCUGCUCUGCAGGGACAACACCCGGAAGUCAGUGGAUGAAUACAAGGACUGCUACCUGGCCAGCAUCCCUUCCCAUGCCGUUGUGGCCCGAAGUGUGGAUGGCAAGGAGGACUUGAUCUGGGAGCUUCUCAACCAGGCCCAGGAACAUUUCGGCAAAGAAACAUCUGGAGACUUCCAGCUUUUCAGUUCCCCUCAUGGGAAGGACCUGCUGUUUAAGGACUCUGCUCACGGGUUUUUAAAGAUUCCCCCUAAGAUGGACACCUGGCUGUACCUGGGAUAUGAGUAUGUCACUGCUAUUCGGAAUCUAAGGGAAGAGAUACGCCCAGCCAUCCCAAAGGAUGAAUGCAAGAAGGUGAAGUGGUGUGCAAUAGGCCACCAUGAGAGGGGCAAGUGCGAUGAGUGGAGUGUAAACAGUGAGGGGAACAUAGAGUGUGAAUCAGCAGAGAACACCGAAGACUGCAUUGCGAAGAUCGUGAAAGGAGAAGCUGAUGCCAUGAGCUUGGAUGGAGGCUUCAUCUACAUAGCGGGCAAGUGUGGUCUGGUGCCUGUCCUGGCAGAGAACUAUGAAACUGAUCAUGGCUCCGAAUGUGAGGAGACACCGGAGAAAGGGUAUCUUGCUGUGGCCGUGGUUAAGUCAUCAUCGGGUGCUGACCUCACCUGGAACUCUCUGGAAGGCAAGAAGUCCUGCCACACCGCAGUAGAUAGAACUGCCGGCUGGAACAUCCCCAUGGGCCUGCUCUACAACAAGAUCAAGCACUGUGAAUUCGAUAAAUUUUUCAGUGAAGGCUGUGCCCCUGGAUAUAGGCGAAAUUCCAGCCUCUGCUCUCUGUGUAUUGGCUCGGCAACUGCUCCAGGAAGGGAGUGUGAACCCAACAACCAUGAGAGAUACUAUGGUUACACAGGGGCUUUCAGGUGUUUGGUUGAGAAGGGAGAUGUGGCCUUUGUGAAAGACCAGACUGUCAGGCAGAACACUGACGGAAACAACAAUGAGGAUUGGGCUAAGAAUCUGAAGAGUGAAGACUUUCAGCUGCUGUGCCGUGAUGGCAGUAAGAAGCCUGUGACCUCAGCUGGGGACUGCUUCCUAGCCCGAGCCCCGAAUCAUGGUGUAGUCUCACGGAAAGACAAGGCAGCUUGUGUUCGCAAGAUGUUACACGACCAGCAGAUGUUGUUUGGAAAAACUGGAAAUGCCUGCCCGGACAAGUUUUGUUUGUUCCAGUCAAAAACCAAGGACCUUCUGUUCAGGGAUGACACACAAUGCUUGGCCAACCUUCAGCACACAACAACAUAUGAAUCAUACUUAGGAGCAGAGUAUGUCAUGGCGUUGGCUAACCUGAGACAAUGCUCAACCUCGAUUCUGGUUACUAUAAAGAACUACCACUCCCGUGAUGCUUCGCUUCGGACGCCUGCGCACAGCCCAGGGCCACGUUGCUUUUGCGGCGCCGGACCACGCACCUCAGCCAUGGCUUCCGUGGACUCCCGGCGGGUGGGCAAUGGAGGCGGUGUUGGGGGUACUUUCCAGCCCUACCUAGACUCCUUGCGGCAGGAGCUGCAGCAAAGGGACCCGACGCUACUUUCAGUCGUGGUGGCGCUUCUCGCGGUGCUGCUGACGCUGGUGUUCUGUAAGUUCAUCCGGAGCAGAAGGAGCAGUCAAAGAGCUGUUCUUCUUGUUGGCCUUUGUGACUCUGGGAAAACAUUGCUCUUUGUCAGAUUGUUAACAGGCCUUUACAGAGAUACUCAGACUUCCAUCACUGACAGCUCUGCUGUGUACAAAGUCAACAAUACCAGGGGCACUAGCCUGACCUUGAUUGACCUGCCUGGCCAUGAGAGCUUGAGACUGCAGUUCUUGGAGCGGUUUAAGGCUUCAGCCAGGGCUGUUGUGUUUGUUGUGGAUAGUGCAGCCUUCCAGCGAGAGGUGAAAGAUGUGGCUGAGUUUCUCUAUCAAGUCCUCAUUGACAGUAUGGGUCUGAAGAACACACCGUCAUUCUUAAUCGCCUGCAAUAAGCAAGACAUUACAAUGGCAAAAUCAGCAAAGUUAAUUCAGCAGCAGCUUGAGAAAGAGCUCAACACUUUACGAGUCACUCGUUCUGCUGCCCCCAGCACACUGGACAGUUCCAGCGCUGCCCCUGCUCAGCUGGGAAAGAAAGGCAAAGAAUUUGAAUUCUCACAGUUGCCCCUCAAAGUGGAGUUCCUGGAGUGCAGUGCCAAGGUUGGGAGAGGGGACGCCGGCUCUGCUGAUAUCCAGGACUUGGAGAAGUGGCUGGCUAAAAUCGCCUGAGGGGCUGGCCCAAGCACAAGAUGGGGAUGUGUAUGUGUCUGACUGCCAGUUUUGGAAAAGGGUAUGGUGGCCUGGAGUUGAUAAAGAAGGAGUACAAAAUGUAAUUAGAAACAUUUCCUUGUUCUGGAAACAAAUCAUUGUUGAAACCAGCUUGAAUUUUUUUUUUAAGUUCAGUUCUCCCUUAUUGCUUUCUCACUAGUCACUUUUAUUUGACUCGUGUGUCUUCCCUUUGUUAAAGUGUAUAUAACAUCCCUUUAACUUAUGCUUGAUGUAGAGUCAAGGUCUUUGUGACGUAACAAGUAGACUCCACAGAGAGAAGAUAUUAUCAUGAGAAUAUGGUUAUUUGAAAAGUUUUCUUAUCCUCUGCUUCUGUGCUUUGGUCCCUUUUUGCUGAAAACAAACCUGCCUGUGUAUGGAACCAGUUGAUUUCCAGAUGCCCCUGACGUUCAUGGGCAGUAUGUCAUCUAGUCCUUUGUGAAUUCUCAGAUUUGUAGGUACAAUUACAGUACGGUCUCCCAACAUGUGAAGAUAGGUAAGAAACAGCAGGGCUGUGUUGACACUGGGUCUGCUCUUCAUUAGCUGAAUGACUUGUCCCCACUCUAGCCUCAUAGCACUUAGGUUUCAAAAACAUGUUGUGAACCCUUGGAGUCAUCUUCCAGAUGAGAGAACUGUAAGUGCUAAAUCCCCAAAUGUCCAGGGUCUAGUGUGUUCCAGUGGUUUCUCCUAACUGGAGAGUAUAUGGGUUUAGAAGCUGUUCUGUGUUUCUGGAUGGCUGAGGGCUCCUGGGCUAUCUUCGUGUGCUGUUUGGUGAGCUCUCCUAUAUUGUAUUCUUAGCUAGAAUGCUGUGGAACAAAAAUAAAAUGAAAAAAGUUCUCUGUAGAUUUUUGAAGUGCAUAUUCACUGAUGGUUAAAAAAAAAGUCUGCCUUUCCAAAGUGAUGUUCUUUGCUGUCUUCUCAAACAUAUGGCUUUUAUAAAUUAUUAAUAUAUCUCUUGGUAAAUAAAACAACCAAUCUUGCUCAGAGCUAUUAAAUAGAAUGGUAUAGUGAGUACAAAUGGGAGCAUGUUUUAGGAUUCAGCCCUGAGUCCAAGUUUCUAGGGCCUAAAGAUCACACUGUACACAGGAACAAACUCUUCUAUCCGUACUUCACACACUCAGGGACAAGCCCAACUAAAGCUUAAGGGAGACCACGGUGGCUGUGGAUAAGUGAGAAGCUAACCCCAGAACAGUGUGGUAAGAGCGGUAAGAGGAGAGGUGCAGGGUUCUCUGGGAGCAUGCAGCAGGGGCCCCUAAACUGGUAUGGAGAGAUCAGGGAGGGCCCAAGAAUAAAAGCAUGGAGCUGAUAACACCCCAGUGAGUAUGGUCCCCACGUACACUACAGCCCAAGCCUCUGCCUGUUGUCACCCCUUCCUGUGGGUUGUUCUGGCUCUGAGCAAGACUACUCCAGCUCCCCUCCUCCCCCUGCCCCAAACCUUGGAUCAUACACCUUGCUGCUAGUGUAUGAAAUAAAUGCAGGCUGAAACUGAGAAGACAUUAGACCUUGACCCUGGCAGAGUUCUUACUCAAAAGUCUUAUUGCUGCUAGUAUUCUUGCCCUUUCCUUAUUAGCCAGGUAGUAAUUGAAGGAGGAAGGUAAGAACAAUGAGGCAGAAAUAAAAAAGGAAUGUGAUGGAUGUGACAUGUUCACAUAAUCAUGGUGGCACUCACGUCAAUA